AACGAAGGUCGCGACGACGACGAGGGGCCUCACAGAGCGCGCGAGAUGACAUCGUCUUCCGCGCACCUCGACUUGCCCUCUGCGGCGGCGGCGGCGGCGGCGGCGUCCACAACAGCAGCGACAGCGAUGAGCCGGACGGCAAGCUUCGAGCGGCCUCUGCGAAAUGCGCUGGGCAUCUUUGUUGCCCACUUUCACGUCCGACGCGGCAACGAGAUCGUCUGGUCGCGCGCGGCUCCUUCCGUCGACAGCAGCGCCGAUGAGUCUGCUUCGUCUUCCUCACCGGAGACGAAGAGAUCGUUUGAUCUCAGCGGGGUGGAGUGGAAGGUGCUGCCCAGUGGAUCCCACCUGGUCGAAAGGGACGUGAUCUACUUUGAGCCACCGGGGAGCAGCAACGCCGGCCAGGGCAGCAGCAGGAUAGGCGUGGCUUGCUUCAGGAACCGAAGGCUGUCCGAGGGGGAAGGCCACACAGGCGCGCCCGACGAAGACGACCAGAGGGGUGCAAGGAUGAUCGCUGUUGGCACGAUCGUCGAGUGCGGCGAGUCGACGCCGUAUGCACACCUCGCAGCCACGCUCGCCCAUCUGCCUCGUCUCGAGAAGCUGGCCGACUCGGUGGCGGCCGACCCUCUGUGCCGCGGAAUCCUUGAAGAGUGGCUUGACAUGCACAAGCUGUCCCAAGUGUCGACGGCGACGGGUGCGAGCAAGAAGCGAGACCUGACGACGAGCCUGCCGCUGUACUCACACGAUCCCAUGCUCCAGUUGCCAGCGAUUUCAACGUCGUUGGGGCCGCUGCUGCCUACAAUUCUCAAGCAACUCCUCCUGCCGUCGUAUCGCCUCCUUAUCUUUUGCCCUGCUGGCUCUCCCUCGUUUCGCGCAGGCGCUAUCGCAUACGCCCUAGGCGAGCUAGUUCACGGCGCAGAUCAGGCAGACAGACCUCUGGUCAACACACAGGUGGACGCAGACCAAGAAGAAAAGAACCUAGUCGUGAGAGGUCUUAUUGGUCUGCACGACAUUGCGACGCUGGAAGACGAGGCAAAGUCGCAGGCGUCGAGACCGUCAUGGAUUGCAUGGAGCGCAGACAAGAUUCUCCUCGACAAGCCCCACCUCUUUGAUGCACUCUUGGACCUCACCCCGAUUGCGCAGGCGGCCGCCCUGAUCAAGUCGACGGCCUAUGGGGACCAUGCGCCCACUACGCUUCCCCGUCUCAUGCGUGUCCACCGGCCCGACGGCAGCGAGGCCAAGCCACGGCCGAUGCUCAAGCGGCAUACAUGGACUACGCGCGAGUUCUCCGUCUUUCGGGGCCUAGACGAGCAGGCGAGCCUGAUGACGACGACGCGCUUUCGCCGUCUGCGAAGAAAGGGAAGCCGUGUCAGCCUGCAGCAGAAGCCACCAGCGCCCGAGGCAGCCGCAAAGCCCUUUUCAUCAUCAUCACCGUCGUCGUCGUCGAUUGGACCGCUUAGCCGGUCGAGGUCGAGGACGAACAUCCUGUCGACGAUGGCGGCCUUUCUCCGAUUCUGGCUUUCUGGAUGGUGGAUCCUGCCUGCGCAAUGGCGCCUCAACCUGCGAGAGAGCUAUGGCUAUGUGCCGCUCAGCAUUCGCGGCGACGGCGGGGUGCGAGCCAGCAUCAUGCUUCUCCCUGACAGUGAUGAGGAGGAAGAAGAAGAAGAGGAUGAGGAUGAGGAAGAGGAGGUAGAGGGGGGAGGAGUAGGAGCGGAAGGAGGAGGAGAAGGAGGAGGAGAGAGGGGAGAAGGAGGAGAAGAAAGAGAAGCGGGAGCGGCUGUGGGACGAAGACAAGCGCAAGGACCAGGCUCUUCUUCGCCUCGCCUUAGGAAGAAGUCGUCAAGAAGCUUACGAAUGGAGGCCGACGAGGACGAGGACGGAUCGGGGAUUGACCUCAUCGACGAGGACCCGGACCCGAUCAUGGCUGCUGUGGGUGCGAUGAGCCAGGCUCAGCGUCGAAGGCGUUCGCAGCCACCCUCGGCAGCAGGCGCGGUGGGUGACGUGGUUGCGCACCAGGUCGACGGAUCGAGGCGAGCCUCAUCGCCCCUCUCCUCGAGGUUCUCGAUUCGCACAGGCAGCGGUGCCUGGGGCGAAGAGACCGAGUGGGACGAGGAAGAGGAGGAGAAGCACCUGGUGAGGCAGUCUGCCCGGCUCUCCAAGGCCCUGCACAACGUCUGGAGCGAGUGGACCGCCGACCUGGUCCUUGGCGUGCAGGACCUCGUCGAGGACAAGGCCGACGUGGGCGACGAGCUUCGCGGUGGCAUGCUCCAGGAGAGCCUCGGCCGCAACGAGACAGACGUGGGCGGCGACGACCAGCAGGCCUCGCUGCUCGUGGCCCACGACGAUGCGACGCCCAUCCACCUCUCUGCCAGCGACGUGUCGGUGCUCGGCCUGAGCGGCGCAAACGACGUGGACGUCGCCCUCAUCGAGGCGCUCGCCUUUACCGUGACCGAUCGGCCCGUGCUGGUCAAGCGCGGCUGGCCACUGGUCUCUUGGCUGUGGUGAUCUACCCCUACAUUCUCCAGUGUCUUCUCCCUCACACAUUGUGUCAUGCUCCAUAUCCGAUCCGAUAUUCAUAGGACCCUUUUAAUCUAUACACAGCCCCAAGCCGUCUCCACGGAGAGAGAGUGCGAGGGAUAAGCUAACUUCUGCAGUUGAACACUAC